GUCACGUCCAGAAGAAGCGGCUCCGAUGGUUUUGGCUGUCACAUUAAAGUGCGCGUCGCAACCGGCCGGCCGGCGGAACUCUGUCUCUCUCUCUACUCCCUGAGAGACCGGAUCGGACCUGAACAACACCGUGGAUCCGGAACCAGCUCUCUUGAAGCACAGCAAAGCCAGCCGCACAGCUUGAAGGCGCCUGGUCGGAAUCAGGAAACACACUGCUGACAUAACCUCCAGUCAAAGAUCCUCGGUAUAGCCUCCACCUUACAGUGGCCUGUGCCUUGCGUGGGAUGCUGCUGCAUUGUGGGAGGAGAGAAGGAGUGGUGCCAACACAGUAAAAGAGGUGUGGGAUAGUCAAAUCAUGGGGGAUUCAAUAUUCAACUGCUGUUCUGUCCCGUCCAACCCCCCAGGCGAGGGGGACCACCCCGGGUCCAGGUCUAGACGCGCACAGCAGAUCACGAUGGCCUCCAACUCAACGAACAUCUCCUCCGACAAGCGCUUCCUCAUCUUCUUCGACUUCGACGAGACCAUCGUGGAUGAGACCAGCGAUGAUGUGGUGGUGCAGGCGGCUCCGGGUCAGCACCUGCCGGCCUGGCUGAAGGACACCUACCAGCCCGGACGGUACAACGAGUACAUGCAGCGCGUCCUGGCCUACCUUGCAGAGCAGGGCGUCACCGAGAGCGACAUCCGCAGCCACAUGGAGAAGAUCCCGACCACUCCCGGCAUGCUCACCGUCUUCCAGUUCCUGCGCACCCGGGCAGCGCAGGACUUUGAGGUGGUGCUGGUGUCCGACGCCAACACCUUCUUCAUCGAGUCUUGGCUCCGGAGCAAAGGGGCCCGCCAGCUCUUCCACCGGAUCUUCUCCAACCCGGCUACUUUCAACAAGGACGGCCGGCUGGUACUGCGGCCCUUCCACUCCCACGACUGCCCGCGCUGCCCCGACAACAUGUGCAAGCAGGUGGUCGUCAGGGACUACGUGGCGCGCAGGACGCAGGAGCGAGGCCGCGCGUACCAGAGGCUCUUCUACGUCGGGGACGGAGCCAACGACUUCUGUCCGGCGACCUUCCUCGGGCCCCGGGACGUGGUUUUCCCGCGGAGGGAUUUCCCCAUGCACCGGCUGAUCACGGAGACCCACGAGGCCAUGCCCGGGGAGUUCAAGGCGGUCACGGUGCCGUGGGGCAGCGCGGAGGAGGUGGUGCAGAGGCUGAGGAAGCUGCAGGCAGAGUAGAGACAGACAGAGGAGACCAGUAAGAGGGCAUGGUGACACUUUUAGUCAUAUUCUCAGGUAAAAUAGACCCAGAAAGUAAUAUUCAAGGCAAUAGGCAAUAGGCAAGGCAUAAUUAAAACAGUUAUAAGAACAUACAAAA